AUGCCACACAUUUCGCUUGAAGGUAAAGUAGCCAUUGUUACCGGCGGCACCAGGGGCAUUGGGUACGGAAUUGCAAUAGAGCUCGCUCAAAGGGGAGCCGCUGUUCUUAUAACAUAUGUCUCACCAGGCUCUACAAAGCUUGCACAAGAGCUCAUCUCUAAAAUUGAAAAAUUCGGGGGCAAAGCAGCAGCUGUUCAAGCCGAUUGUUGCUCGCUUGACUCCCCAAAGUUGAUUGUUGACACGGCGGUUAAGUCAUUCACUGGAAAUAUUGACAUUCUCGUGAACAACGCCGGUAUUAGCGAGGAGCUGUGGUUACGGGACUGCACAUACGAUCAUUUCGAGAGGGUGUUCCAGACGAAUGUGCGCUUUCCAAUGUUUCUUGUACAGGCAAGCUUGCCGUACUUAAGCAAGGGUGGGAGAAUUCUGAACAUGUCGAGUGUCGCGGCUAGAGAAGUUGAAUUAGCAUGGAAAAUGCAUACGGUGUACAGUGCGUCGAAGGCCGCCGUCGAAAGCUUUACGCGUACCUGGAGCUUGGAACUUGGCCAAGAAUAUGGAGUCACGGUCAAUUGCAUUAAUCCAGGACCCGUGGCAACGGAAAUGUGGGAUGCUAUGCCUGCAGAAACCCAGAAGGAAACUCAGAAAUACAUCGACAAUAUCCCCGCUGCGCCUCGCUUGGCUACGGUUGACGACAUCGCACAGAUCGCAGCAUUCUUGUGUGAAGAUGGGGCAAGAUGGAUAACCGGCUCGACCACUUGUGCUAACGGAGGAGCUGUCAUGGUUUGA